UCUGUCAAGCAGCAGCAAUGGAUCGGAUGAGACCUGUGUACGUGAGGGAAAAGAGCAACGCCAGCACUGCUGGUGGCGUUACCUCUUCGCCGUUGAUGUCACCGUUGAACCGUCACUCGCGGUCGGGAUCAAUCGGUGUGUCGAAUCUGAAGAAGACGCAGAACAAUGCUACGAAAGCCGCGGCGCAGAGGCUUGCGCAGGUGAUGGCGCAUCAGCCGCCGGACGAUGAUGACGAUGACGACGACGACGAAGAACUUUCGUUUGAUUUCGCACCAGUAGGUGCAGCCGGGAGCACAGGGCGUACGGCUGGGAGGACGGUGGUGCGGCCUCAUUCUCCUAUGGCAUUUCGUACCUCCCAAGAGCAACCCCCAUCUGCCUUCUCAGCAUCAGGUAGCCAAUCAUCUCUAUCUGUCAACACUUUUGAACACCCUUCAUUAGCUCGUUCCACCACAGCUGGCCAAUCAUCUCAAUCCAUCAACUCCAAUGAACAACCACCAUCUGCUCAUUCUGCUAUAGCUGGACGGUCCUCUCAAUCUUCAAAUGCAAUUGAACAACCUCCAUCUUCUCAUUCUGCAGCAACUGGUCGAUCAUCUCAAUCUUCAAAUGCUAUUGAACAACCCUCAUCUGGUCAUUCUGCAGGAGCUGGACGAUCAUCUCAAUCUUCAAACACUAUCGAACAGCCCCCAUCUGCUCGUUCUCUAGUAGCUGGUCGAUCAUCUCAUUUCACAAAUGUGAUUGAACAACCACCAUCUGCUCGUUCUACAACAGCUGGUCGUCCACAUUUAGGAGUCAAGACAGUUCCUAUGGUUCCCUCUGUAGUGCCUAUAUUACUCAGGCCACCCAAUUCAGCGAUACAAGCAGAGGCUCCAGUUGAUAAUCGAAGAGAUAAAAGCAGGUCGUCCCUAGAUAUGGGGAACUUAAACUUCAGAGAAGCUAGCAAUCAUUCCUCUGCUUCUGCUUUACAAGAUGAGCUUGAUAUGGUACAAGAAGAAAAUGAAAGUCUUCUAGAAAAGCUUCGACUUGUAGAGGAGAGAUGUGAAGAAGCAGAGGCGAGAGCUAGGCAACUUGAAAAACAGGUCGCUACUCUUGGAGAAGGUGUAUCUUUAGAAGCCCGACUUUUAAGCAGAAAGGAGGUAGCCUUGCAGCAAAGAGAGGCUGCUUUAAAAGUUGCAGCACAAACUCAUGGUGGUAGAAAUGAAGAGAUUGUAGCCCUUCGGAUGGAAGCUGAGUCUGCUAGGGAUGAGGCAAUAUCAGCAUUGGAGCAGCUUCAUGAAGCUGAAUCUGAAAUUAAAGCACUUCGGACAAUGAACCAGAGAAUGAUGCUGACUCAGGAAGAGAUGGAAGUUGUUGUUCUUAAGAGGUGCUGGCUUGCUCGUUAUUGGAGUUUAUGUGUUCAAUAUGGUAUUCAUGCAGAGGUGGCUGGAGUAAAAUAUGAAUACUGGUCAUCCUUUGCCCCUCUUCCUGUUGAAGUUGUAUUAGCAGCUGGUCAAAAGGCAAAAGAGGAGAAUUCUUCAUCAAACAGUGAUGCAGAGGAAAGAGAAAAGGCUCCACGGGACUUGAAUGAACCUUCUGGAGAGGGAAACAUAGAGAGUAUGCUUUUAGUUGAGAUUGGUCUGCGAGAACUGGCUUCAUUGAAGGUAGAGGAAGCAGUUGUGUAUGCAUUGGCUCAUCAUCGGCGUUCCAGUUCGCUGAAAUCUGAUUUUGCAGGUGAUUUGAAACUAUCAACAGAGGCACACAAUCUUUUAGAAUCAUUUGAAUUGAGCCAAGAGGAAUCAGAAGAUGUGCUUUUUAAACAGGCUUGGCUUACUUAUUUCUGGAGAAGAGCAAAGAAUCUUGGUGUAGAAAGGGAUAUUGCUGACGAACGUUUGCAAUUCUGGAUCAAUCACACCACUCGGCAGCCCAGCUUUCAUGAUGCAGUUGAUGUUGAGCGUGGCCUUGUAGAGCUCAGGAAGCUAGGGAUUGAACACCAACUGUGGGAAGAAUCUCGCAAAUGGAUUGGGCAAGAUUCCACCAACCCCAGACAGCAGAUUGAUCCGGACUACUGAUGUACAGUUGAACCUUUUCCCCACACCUAUUCCUUUUCAGAAAUUUAUUCUCCUCUUAUGUUUCUAGUUAUUGAGGUGAGACCCUGAUUAGGCUGUUAAAUUUGAGUUACAUAUAUCCUUGUUUAUUCUUAUUGAAUUAUCAUAUAAAAAUUCUGCCCAAACAUCACUUGGCAAUUUACUAAGCCUUUUCUAGUAGGAGUCA